GUGUGAGCGCGCGUCCCGCGCGGCCAUGGUGGUGGUGGUGGCCAGGCUGCUAGCUGGUGCUGGUUUUUUCUCCGAGCUCCCAUUGAAUAACACGCAGGAGCAUUCAUGGCCCUCUUUCAGAAGGUAGAUGGCGCGCAUUUACGCCUCCACGGUACGAGCCGAGCUUCACCUCGCCCCCUCCGCUAUAUAGCGCAAGCUCCACCACCCACCUCCCUCCCCCACCGCCAUUGCUCACUGCUCAGUUCAGCAGCAGCAGUAGAGAGAGAGAGAGAGAGAGAGACAGCUGGUUCAUUUCUGGCUGUCUGCCAUAGCCAUUAGCUAGCCAAGAGAAGAACAGAGAGCUCGAUCGAUGGAUGUGAACGACGUGCUGCUGGUGGUGCUGGCGGCGGCGCUAGGCGCCAUGUGGUGGCGCCGGUGCUCCAAGACGGGCGGCGUCGACGGUCUCCCACCAGGUCCGCCGGGUUGGCCGGUGGUGGGGAACCUGUUCCAGGUGAUCCUGCAGCGUCGCCCGUUCAUGUACGUGGUGCGCGACCUCCGGGAGAAGUACGGCCCCAUCUUCACGAUGCGGAUGGGGCAGCGCACCCUCAUCGUGGUCACCUCCGCCGACCUCAUCCACGAGGCGCUCGUCAAGCAGGGACCCAUGUUCGCCAGCCGGCCCGCCGACAGCCCCAUCCGCCUCCUCUUCAGCGUCGGCAAGUGCACCGUCAACUCGGCGCCCUACGGCCCGCUGUGGCGCGCGCUCCGCCGCAACUUCGUCGCCGAGAUCGUCUCCCCGCACCGCGUCAAGAGCUUCUCAUGGAUCCGCGAGUGGGCCGUCGACGCGCACCUCCGCCGCCUCCGCGCCGAGCUCGCCGGAGAAGGUGCCGUGAGGGUGAUGGCUAGCUGUCGUCUCACCAUCUGCAGCAUCCUCAUCUGCAUCUGCUUCGGCGCCAAGAUCCCCGACGAGCUGAUCCGGGAGAUCGAGGAGGUGCUCAAGGACGUGAUGAUGAUUUCCUUGCCCAAGCUGCCGGACUUCCUGCCCCUCCUCACGCCGCUGUUCCGGAAGCAGCUGUCCGAGGCCCGUGCGCUGCGCCGCCGCCAGCUCGACUGCCUCGCGCCGCUCGUCCGCGCGCGGAGAGAUUUUCUCCGCGACGGCGCCGGGAGCCAGGAGGCGGCGGCCAAGGGCGGCGUGGAGAUGAUGAGCGGGCCCGGGGAGGCGUACGUGGACUCGCUGUUCGACCUGGAGCCGCCCGGCCGCGGGAAGCGCCUCGGCGAGGAGGAGCUCGUCACGCUCUGCUCCGAGGUCAUGAGCGCCGGCACCGACACCAGCGCCACCGCGCUGGAAUGGGCCAUGUUGCACCUCAUCCUCGACCCCGCCGCGCAGGAGCGCCUCUACGACGAGGUCGUCGCCAAGGUCGGCAAGACCGCCCGGAUCACCGAAGCCGACGUCGAGGCCAUGCCCUACCUCCAGGCGGUGGUGAAGGAGACGUUCCGGCGGCACCCGCCGAGCCACUUCGUGCUGUCGCACGCGGCGACGCGGGACACGGAGCUGGGCGGGUACCGCGUCCCCGCCGACGCCAGCGUGGAGUUCUACACGGCGUGGGUGACGGAGAACCCGGCGACGUGGCCGGACCCGGAGACCUGGCGGCCGGAGAGGUUCCUGGAGGGCGGCGAAGGGUUCGACACCGACAUCACGGGCACCAGGGCGCUGCGCAUGAUGCCGUUCGGCGCCGGCCGCCGGAUCUGCCCCGCCGCCACGCUCGGCGUGCUCCACAUCCAGCUCAUGCUCGCCAACAUGGUGCGCGCGUUCCGGUGGACGCCCCCCGCCGGCGAAGGACCGCCGGAUCCCACUGAGACCUUCGCGUUCACCGUCGUCAUGAAGAACCCGCUCCGCGCUGCCUUCGUCGAGCGGAACGCCACGGCGACCGCGGAGUGAUGGUGAAAAGUAAAAAAAACAAAACAAAAAAGUUACUACUCUGGCUGGGUAAGUUGCUGCCACGUGUGCGUGCGUGUUGUGCGUUGCAGGGUACGUACGGGUGGGUGAUUAUGGCGGGGUUAAUUCGGUGCCGCGCGCGGCGGCAGUUAUUAUUAAUUACUCACGGUGAAGGUGAUCAAGUGCUAUGGGUCGGUCCGUCCUAGCCGUUGGUUGGUUGACGGAUGGCUGGAUGGAGAGAUGGAUGUGAAUGCUGCCAUGCAACGCACGACGCUGUCAUAAUAGUAUGUCAUGAAUUUUUUCUAGUGCUCUCUGUGCUUCUAAUUUUUUAGUAGUACUGUUUUUUAGCCUUCUCUCGUUUUUUUUUAUUUUCUUCUCUUGAUUUGAUUGGAUCAAAGAAAUGUACGUACUAGCUAUUGCAUGAUCGAUCUGCUCGAUCAUAUAUAUAUUGGUUGUCAUCUCAUGUCCAGAAAUAACAAGGUUAAAUGAUUUCCUCUCU